AUGAACAACGAGAUCGCGGGGCUGCCCGUCGCCACCACGCGGUCGCGCAAGCCGAUGAAAAGCAUUCGGGAACGCUUGAAAGGCAAGGAGGGCCGGCUGCGCGGCAACCUGAUGGGCAAGCGCGUGGACUUCAGCGCGCGCACCGUCAUCACCGGCGACCCUAACAUCGAGCUGGACGAAGUCGGCGUGCCCAUCAGCAUCGCGAUGUGCCUGACGUUCCCCGAGCUAGUGACCAAGUACAACGUCGAGCAGUUGCAGGCGCUCGUCGACGCCGGGCCGCGGCUGUGGCCCGGCGCGAAAUACGUUACCACGCGCGACGGCGUGCGGUUCGACUUGCGGCACUGUGGCAGCGCGGGCAACGUGCUGAACUUAGAGCCGGGCUGCGUCGUCGAGCGGCACUUGCUCACCGGCGACUUCGUGCUCUUCAACCGGCAGCCCUCGCUGCACAAGAUGAGCAUCAUGGGCCACCGCGUGCGCGUGAUGCCCUACUCGACCUUCCGCGUGAACCUCAGCGUCACCUCGCCGUACAACGCCGACUUCGACGGCGACGAGAUGAACCUGCACCUGGCGCAGACGCACGAGGCGCGCGCCGAAAUCCGGCACCUGUGCGCCGUGCCCUUCCAGAUCGUCUCGCCGCAGAGCAACAAGCCCGUGAUGGGCAUUGUGCAGGACAGUCUGCUCGGCGUCUCGAAGCUCACGAAGCGCAGCGUGUUCAUCGAGCAGGCGAACUUCAUGCAGUUCAUGCUCGUGCUGCCGCGCUGGAACGGCCGCCUGCCGACGCCCGCCGUGCUGAAGCCGCGGACUCUGUGGACCGGCAAGCAGCUCUUCUCGCUCACGCUGCAGUUCGGCAUCAGCGACUUCGCGGAAGAAGCCCUCUACCGCGACUCGAACUCGCGCGUGCGCGGCGACAACCGCUGGUUCACCGAAAACGACGGCUACGUCGUGAUCCAAAAGGGCGAGCUGCUCAGCGGCGUCAUCGACAAGCGCUGCGUCGGCUGCACGUCCGGCGGGCUCGUGCACAUCAUCUGGCACCAGUGCGGCGUCGCGCGCGCGCGCGACUUCCUCUCCUCGCUGCAGCAGAUCGUCAACGCGUGGCUGCUCACGCAGGGCUUCACCGUCGGCGUCAGCGACAUCACGGUGAACCGCGCGACGCGGCAGAAAGUCGCCGACGCGUUGGCGCAGAGCGAGCGCGCCGUUUCGAACUUGAUCGAAGCCGUGCAAAAGGGCACUCUCGAAAUGCAGCCGGGCAAGGGCCUGAUCUCUUCGUUCGAGUCGCGCGUCAACGCGGAGCUGAACAACGCGCGCGAAGCGUCUGGCAAAAUUGCGGCCGACGCGCUCGACGACGCGAACAACAUCAUCGCCAUGGUCAACGCCGGCUCGAAGGGAAGCACAAUCAACAUCGCGCAAAUCAUGGCCUGUGUCGGGCAGCAAAACGUCGAGGGCAAGCGCAUCCCGUUCGGCUUCGAGGAGCGCACGCUGCCGCACUUCUCGCGCUUCGACUUCGGGCCCGACAGCCGCGGCUUCACCGGCUACAUCCAGCGUCGGCUCGUGAAGGCGCUCGAGGACGUCAUGGUGCGCUACGACUACACCGUGCGCAACGCGCGCGGCGACAUGAUUCAGUUCUUCUACGGCGAAGACAACGUGCGCGCAGAGUACGUCGAACAGCAGGUUCUCGAGCUGAUGACGCUCAGCAACGACGAGCUCCGCCGCCGCUUCUACCACGACCUCAAGUCGCCGAACUACGGCCAGGGCUGGUUGUCGGAAGAAGUCCGCAAUAACCUGAAGUUUGCCGUCGAAGACGCCACGCUCGAAGAGGAGUUUGAACAGCUGCGACUCGGCAAGCGGCUGCUGUGCACGGAAGUCUUCCCCGACGGCGAAACCAACCAGUACUUGCCCGUGAACUUCCAGCGCAUUCUGCACCUGAACAGCAAGCGGCUGCUCCAGCAGGUGCGCGUGACGCAGCCCGCGCUCGAUUGGGUGCUCAGCGAGAUGCGCAACAAGUACUUCUGCUCGCUGGCGCAGCCGGGCGAAAUGACGUUGAACACGUUCCACUUCGCCGGCGUCGGCAGCAAGAACGUCACGCUCGGCGUUCCGCGGCUGCGCGAACUGAUUAACGUAACCAAAAAAGUCGCCACGCCGAGUCUCACGAUCCAGCUCGACGAGUACGCCGCGCACGACAGCGUGCUCGCCAAAGAAGUGCAGGGCAGCAUUGAGUACUGCUCGCUUGAGCGCUUCAUCGAGUUCUCGCAGCUGAUUUACGACCCGAAUCCCGUCGAAACGCUCGUGCCCGAAGACGUCGAGUGGGUCUCAGACUACUACGCGCUGAGCGACUUCGACAACUCGCUGGCCGCGUCGCUCUCGCCUUGGUUGAUCCGCGUCGUGUUGCAGGAACGGCUGAUCACAGAAGGGCUGUCCUGCGUGCCCGCCGAGAACGACGCGGCUUUUUUCGAGGCCGAAGCGAACGACGAGUUCCGCGACUUUUUUUGCGAGGGCCGCGAGCCGAAACUCCUGCUCACCUCUGUCGACAAGCUGCUGCACCCGCAGACCGAAUUGUUCGUCAAAGAGCUGACCGCCAUCGUGCCGAACGUGUUCUUCCUGCCGCGAAAAAACCGCUCCACGCGCGCCGUGCUCGAGUUUGCGACGCAGCGCGGCUACACCGACGUGCUCGUGCUCGUGCAGCGGCACAAGUUGCUGCACGGGCUCUACGUGUGCCACCUGCCCGGCGGCCCGACCAGCUACUUCGCUCUGACUAGCCUCAAGCUGGCCCAAGACAUCGACGACUCGGUGCGCCUGACCAGCCAUCACCCCGAGCUCGAACUCUCGAACUUCCACACCGCGCUCGGGCGGCGGCUCGCGCGUCAGUUUCGCGCGCUGUUCCCGCCCGCCGAAGAACACGUCGGCCGCCGCGUCGUCGCGCUGCAAAACCACCGCGACUUCAUUUUCUUCCGGCACUACCGCUACGUCUUUGUGAACGAAGGCGAAAACGUGCGCUUCGCGGAGAUCGGCCCGCGCUUCACGUUGAAACUGCGGCUCUUCGCAAAGGGCUGCUUCGACUUCUCGAAAGCCAACCUCGAAUUUCGCAGCUCGAGCAAAGCGUACGCAACGAACAAAGACGUGUACCUAUAG